AUGUCCGACUCCGAGGCUUCCAUGCCGGGCCUGGAGCCGUUCCACGUGCGUCAGAUCCGGAUGGUCGAGCGCGUCCUCGGCCAGAAGGUGUCGCCACGCGACCACGCGAUGAUUGAUUGUCUCGCGGAGCGCAUGGAGAGGUACGGUUGGCACUCCGUCAGCAUCAACCCGGUGCCGCUUGGGUAUCAGUACAUCAUCCAGGCCAAGUCUGAGAAGAGGCGGGAGGAUGAGGCCAGGCAGCAGGCCGCGCAGGACGCUGCGCAGCCUCAGCCUACCGCCACUUUCGCCGCACCGCCCGUGGCACCGCCUGCCGCCGCUGCCGCUCCGGCCGCAGCAUCGCAGGCACACUCGCAGCACCAACAGGCGCAGCAACCCCGGCCCAACGAGUCGCCCGAGGGGUGGACGAGGGUCGGGAAGGGCGGCAAGCCGGACAGGUUCACCAUGAAGAACUUCGGCCGCAACCCGCCAAAGUCGGGCAAGCGGAAGCAGGAACACCGCAAGCCCGCACCCAAGGGAGGUGGACCCCCACCCCCUUCUCCCAAGGUGGUGGACAAGAACAGGCUGAGCGCAUUGGGCGCUGGCCCUUCUGGCACCAGCGGGAGCCACGAGCGCGCACCGCCGCGCUCUCCCUCCCCCACCUCGCCGCCUGCCAAAUCGCCGCGGCCGUCUGCGCCUGCUUCCGGGUAUAACUCCGAGCUCGAAUUUUCCGACGCUGAGGCGCGGGAUAGGGUGGCAGGGGUUGUGCACGACGCAGUGCAGCAGGCUGUGAUGCAAUAUGGCUAUGACGACGAGCUCUACCAGGCAUGGAGGGACGGCGAGAUAGGCGAAAAGGACUUGCCGGAGGAGCCGCAGCCGUAG